UUCCCUUGUGGAUGCACAGCCCUAGUGACUCCGCUCCUCCCGGCGCAGAGGGGCUCCAAGAGGCCGGAGGAGCGCACUCGGGACGGGAUUUCCGAGGAAAGGGAGAGGAAGGGCGCCCCACCCGCUCUGGAGGGGUUCAGUGAACGAUGAAGGGCCGGCGGCGGCGGCGCCGCCGAGAGUACUGCAAGUUCGCGCUGCUGUUGGUGCUGUACACGCUGGUGCUGCUGCUCGUCCCCUCUGUCCUGGACGGCGGCCGCGACGGGGACAAGGGCGCUGGGCACUGCCCGGGCCUGCAGCGCAGCCUGGGAGUGUGGAGCCUGGAGGCGGCGGCGGCGGGCGAGCGCGAGCAGGGCGCCGAGGAGCGGCCCGCCACGGAGGAGGACGCGGGCCGGUACCCCAGGUCCCGGGGCAACCUCAACGGCGCCGUCGGGGAGGCGGCGUCUCGCGAAAAGCAACACAUCUAUGUGCACGCCACCUGGCGCACGGGCUCGUCGUUCCUGGGCGAGCUCUUUAACCAGCACCCGGACGUUUUCUACUUGUAUGAGCCCAUGUGGCAUCUGUGGCAGGCGCUGUAUCCGGGAGACGCCGAGAGCCUGCAGGGCGCGCUGCGCGACAUGCUGCGCUCGCUCUUCCGCUGCGACUUCUCGGUGCUGCAGCUGUACGCGCCGCCGGGGGAUUCCGCCGCGCGCGCCCCAGACGCGGCCAAUCUCACCACGGCCGCCCUCUUUCGCUGGCGGACCAACAAGGUCAUCUGCUCGCCGCCGCUGUGCCCCGGCGCGCCCCGGGCCCGCGCCGAGGUCGGCCUCGUCGAGGACGCCGCCUGCGAGCGCAGCUGCCCACCCGUGGCUCUCCGCGCCCUAGAGGCCGAGUGCCGCAAGUAUCCGGUGGUGGUCAUCAAGGACGUGCGCCUCCUCGACCUGGGCGUGCUGGUGCCCCUGCUGCGCGACCCCGGCCUCAACCUCAAGGUGGUGCAGCUUUUCCGCGACCCGCGGGCCGUGCACAACUCGCGCCUCAAGUCUCGGCAGGGGCUGCUGCGCGAGAGCAUCCAAGUGCUGCGCACCCGCCAGAGGGGCGACCGCUUCCACCGCGUGCUGCUGGCGCACGGCAUGGGCGCUCGACCCGGGGGCCCGUCCCGCGCACUACCCGCCGCCCCGCGCGCCGACUUCUUCCUGACCGGCGCGCUCGAGGUGAUCUGCGAAGCCUGGUUGCGCGACCUGCUGUUCGCGCGCGGCGCGCCAGCCUGGCUACGGCGCCGCUACCUGAGGCUGCGCUACGAGGACCUGGUGCGGCAGCCGCGCGCCCAGCUGCGCCGCCUGCAGCGCUUCGCCGGGCUGCGCGCGCUCGCCGCGCUCGACGCCUUCGCGCUCAACAUGACGCGCGGCGCGGCCUACGGCGCGGACCGGCCCUUCCACCUGUCGGCGCGCGAUGCCCGCGAGGCCGUGCACGCCUGGCGCGAGCGCCUGAGCCGAGAGCAGGUGCGCCAGGUGGAGGCCGCAUGCGCCCCAGCCAUGCGCCUGCUGGCUUACCCUCGCAGCUGGGAAGACGGCAACGCCGAGCCGUCCGAGGACGAGGAGACGCCGCCGGAGACGGGGGCCGACGGCGCCACGUAGCCCCGCUCCCGCGCGCCCGGGACGGAUCCGGAUGUAACAUAAUGGGUCUCCAAUCCUCCUUCACCGGUCUGAGGGAAUGCCUCUCGAGGACAAAUGGCUGCAGCAUUUUAUGGUUUUAAGAAUUGACAAUCUCCCAGAAACUCUGACUCUUUUUUUUUUUCAUUUUUACUAACAUUUGGCACUGACUGGGGUGAGGUAAGAAAGUGAAUAGAGAGGAGGGUUAGAGGACACAGUCUUCAUCCUCUAGGAGGUUAGAGUCUAUGCACGUGACAGUGACUAUGGGCCCAGACAUCGGUGCUGCUGUUUGGAAGAGCCAAUGGGGCUUCCUUUGCAGGGCUGCAGGGACAUCUGGGAACAAGCUUUAGGCUCUUUCAAACUCUGGUGACUGAGCUCUUCCUCCCACAUUUCUGCUGGAAUUAUCGGGCACUUACCAUGUCACCACCAACUAGUGGAUUUAUCAAAAUGCUUGUAUUCCUGGUUCCGAGAAAGGUAAUGUUACCAACCAACUGAUGAGUUUCCAAAAGUCUGUCACACUCCACUCUAGGAAUGGGAAGGGGAUGGAUCCUCAGGUGCGAUGUGUUGAGUUGGGCAUUGUGGAUAUAUCAUUACUGUGACUGUCGAUGAAAAUAAGCAAUAAACAAUCUAUAAUAAGAAUAGGAAAGAGUUUCAUUUGAGCCAAACUGAAGACUAUAGCCCCGAAGACCGGAAGACAGUCAGAUAACUCUGAGGAACUGCUCCAGAGAAGCUUGGUUUUCAGACCAGUUUGACAUCUUGUCAGAACAAAGAACACUAAGCAACUCAGGGAUCCGUUCCUUCAAGGUUUCCAAAAACAAACAGACAAACAAAACAAAACAAAACAGAUCAGCACAUACACCGCGAGCCAGUAUGUCCUCAGCACCUGGGAAGGGAGUCUUAUCAUUGAAGGAGUACCAGCAUGAGCGUCCCAGGAAGGAAGGCAUUUAAUCUUUAUUUUUAACACAGACAUUCUUUACUUCUGGUCAAUGUGCCCUUUUCUUUAAUAAUUAAAGUAGAAGUACCGUGUACGUUUGAUAGGCCACAAACAGGCUGUUUUAGUUAGCAUCACAUUCGGGUUAAAUCAGGUAUAAGCCGGAAUGACUUCCCCAUACCUCCACAUGUGAACAUUUCUUUCAUCAUGACAUAUUAUCAGUUUUACAGAUGAGAAAUCAGAGAUUCAGAGAAGUCAGGUACCUUGCCCAAAGUCACACCUGGGCUGCUGGGCUGCUGAGCCGAGUGUUAGACCCCAGAGCUCAGAAUCUCUCCAUUAUAACACACCCUCACCUGCCCCCCCCUUUACCGUCCCCUGGCACCCUUUUGGCACUGCAGCCAGGCAUAGUGGCUACUCUAGGGUGAGAACCACACUUAGCUUUAUUACUAACAAACACUGAACAAACGAAUAAAAUAUCCCUGAGCGCUGCCAACAGCACCUACACGGGAGAGCCCCUGACUCUAUAGCCGGGCUCCUCAUGGCUGUCCUUCGCUCGGGGCACCUGAGCACCCUUGGGGCACCCUCGGCUCAGCAGUGAAGAGGGACUGCACGUGAAUUAACCUGAGCGACUUCUGGAUGCUCCAGACCUGACAGCCAGGAUUUGGCAGGGAGGGAGUCAGUGCGCUUUUUCAGGGCUGGGUGGGGACCGCAGCACCAAACCAAGUCACCGAGGACCCCAGGCCCUUUCCAACUUUUCCAUCUUCUUGGCUUUCGUUCACCAACUUAUCUUCCCACUGUCACAAGACGGUAGCCUCAACAAGAAGCAUCACUUCCUCACCCAACCACACAGGGUUGUGAAAAUGCAGAAAGGAAGGAAGGUGGUUACUAAGGGGUAGCGUUUUCCCUCAUGUAUCUCUCUUUCCUCCAAUCUGGUUAUAAAACCAUCCCCAGAAACCCCUACCCCAGUCGACUUCCUUUUAUGUCUCACCGGCUAGAACUGGGUCACGUGUUCUGCCCUAGCCCAGUAAUUGGUGAAGGGGAAGGGGGUUGUGAUGAUUGGCUUAGACCAGUGCGUUCUCAGCCCUGGCUGAACAUUACAGUCACCUGAGGAGCUUUUUUUUUCUUAUGUCAAUAUUAAAAAUACUCCAUCCUCAGAGAUUCUGAUUUAAUUGGUCUGGGGUGGGAUCCAGUUAUAUAAUUACUGUAUAAUCCCCCAGUGCAGCCAAAGUUGAGAGCCACCUACCUGGACCCGUCAUGCUUCAUCCCCUGGGCUGAGCCCUUGCCACUGGAACAGGAUGAGGAUGCAGACUAAAGUUGAUGAGCAGCGAACUGUCUGCCAUAGUCAUUUAUGUGAAAGAACUUGGAGCUGUGAAAUACCAAGCAGCUGUAGGGUGUUAAUAUGGAAACGUCUUAAAUUAUUCACGGCUCCAUUUAUCACCCUCUCACAUUCCUUCAAAUGCUUCGUUGUCUGUAUCUCCUUAUCUCUAAUCCAUCAUGGUACACUAUCCACUACCAUUCUGAACAGACUCAUGUGCUGUCCUAUCCUUUUCAGCAGGUAUCCGUUUGACCUCUGCCCUUGGUAGGACCCAAGAUUUCAUUUCAUUAGACAUUUAAGACAUCUUGGUCUUUGUUCUUCACAAGAUAGAUGGACCCUCUGAUUGAAAUUAGGAAGGGAGGUAAGUGCGUAACCGAAACCCCAACAAUCAGAAAGUGUUCUUUCUAAGGAAACCAUCCAAACAAAAAGAAAUGAGCAGCCAUCACCAAAUCCCUAACAAAGCAUUUUGAAAGUCAUUCGAUUUUAGUAAAGCCAAAUGGCUUAUGUAUAAAAAUCACUGAAAGGGAAAUCUCUUGCUUAAACAGUAGUCUGUACUGCUAAAGAAUAGGCUUUGUUAAACAUUGUUCCUACCUAGAAUUUCUCAUUCAACAAAAUUUGUUCAAAUCCCUAAUUGUAGUAAAAGAAUGAAGCUAGAACACUCCCUAACACCAUGCACAGAAAUAAACUCCCAAUGGAUUAAAGACCUAAAUGUAAGGCCAGGCACUAUCAAACUCUUGGAGGAAGA